AUUCCCUCGUUGUCCGGUCAGGUGACUCGCCAUCGCAGGCGCAUCGCAUUCUUCUCAGCGCUGACUCGAUUCACACACCGACAUUUUACACCAAACGGAUAUUUGCUCGAUACAGAACGCUAUUUGAUAGAAGCACGGAGAAGAGGAGCAGAAUGGGGUGUCGAGAGGUUUUCAUAUUACUGCUGGCCGCGACAUCGACGGUCGCUGUUGAGGUGCCGUCAGAUUCUGGUACGGGGCUGCUGGCUGAGCCACAGGUCGCCAUGUUCUGCGGGAAACUCAACAUGCACAUCAACAUUCAGACCGGAAAAUGGGAACCCGAUCCAUCCGGAACCAAGAGCUGCACUGGGACAAAAGAGGGAAUCCUGCAGUACUGCCAGGAGGUGUAUCCAGAGCUUCAGAUCACAAACGUUGUGGAGGCCAAUCAGCCCGUCAGUAUCUGGGACUGGUGUAAGAAGGGCCGUAAGCAGUGCCGCAGUCACAUGCACAUCGUGGUGCCGUACCGCUGCCUGGUUGGUGAGUUUGUGAGCGACGCUCUGCUGGUUCCUGAUAAGUGUAAAUUCCUGCACCAGGAGCGCAUGGACAUGUGUGAGAGUCACCUGCACUGGCACACCGUUGCCAAAGAGUCUUGCGGCGACCGCAGCAUGAAUCUCCAUGACUAUGGGAUGCUGUUGCCAUGCGGUAUUGACCGUUUCCGUGGCGUCGAGUUUGUUUGCUGCCCUGCAGAAGCGGAGAAAGAGUCAGAUAGCGCAGCCGUGGAGGAGGAUGAUUCAGACGUGUGGUGGGGAGGAGCAGAGACCGACUACAGCGAGAACAGCAUGACGCGAGACGCAGGAUCUGAACCCACGGUGGUGGAGAAUGAUGAGGAUCCAGACGAGGAAGAGGAGGAGGUUCUGGACAACGAUCAGGACGGAGACGGAGACGAGGAUGAGAAAGAGGCUGAGGACGACGAGAUUGUGGACGAGCGCCAUGACAGCAGCCAGAGCACCAGCAUCGCCAUGACGACCACCACCACCACCACCACAGAGUCAGUAGAGGAGGUGGUGAGAGAGGUGUGUUUUGCGAGUGCAGAGACGGGCCCCUGUAGGGCCAUGUUGCCCCGCUGGUAUUUUGUGCGUGAGGAGGGCCGCUGUGCUCCCUUCAUCUACGGAGGCUGCGGAGGAAACCGCAAUAACUUUGAGUCGGAGGAGUACUGUCUGUCUGUCUGCAGCAGCGUGUUGCCGACUCCCUCCUCUAGCCCUCCGGACGCAGUGGACCGAUACCUGGAGACGCCAGCAGACGAGAACGAACACGCCCACUUCCUGAAGGCCAAAGAGAGCCUGGAGGCCAAACACCGCGAGCGCAUGUCUCAGGUGAUGAGGGAAUGGGAAGAGGCCGAGAGACAGGCGAAGAGCUUACCGCACAAUGACAAAAAAGCCGUGAUCCAGCACUUCCAGGAGAAGGUGGAAGCUCUGGAGCAGGAGGCGGCCAGCGAGAGGCAGCAGCUGGUGGAGACGCACAUGGCACGUGUGGAGGCGCUGCUGAACGACCGCCGGCGCCUCGCUCUGGAGAGCUACCUGUCUGCCCUGCAGGCCGAUCCGCCCCGGCCGCAGCACGUGUUUAGCCUGCUGAAGAAGUACGUGCGCGCCGAGCAGAAGGACCGACAGCACACACUCAAACACUUUGAACACGUGCGCAUGGUCGAUCCCAAGAAAGCUGCUCAGAUCCGGCCUCAGGUGCUGACCCAUUUGCGAGUGAUUGAGGAGAGGAUGAAUCAGUCUCUCGGGCUGCUGUUCAAGGUCCCGGGAGUCGCUGAAGAUAUUCAGGACCAAGUCGAGCUGUUGCAGCGCGAGCAGCAGGAAAUGUCCGCGCAGCUGGCAAACCUGCAGAGUGACGUGCGGGUGAGCUACGGUAACGAUGCCCUGAUGCCCGACAGCACUGCCAGCCUGGACCUGCUGCCUGCUGAAGACACGCAGGGAUUCGGCUUCAUCCACCCCGAGAGCUUCAACCAGCCCAACACACAGAACCAGGUUGAGCCGGUCGAUGCCCGACCCAUUCCAGACCGAGGCCUGCCGACACGACCAGUGUCUGGAUUGAAGCCUGACGAUGUUCCUGAGUUGGGGAUGGAAGCUGAAGAAAGACACAUUGAAGUUUACCAUCAGAAACUGGUUUUCUUCGCGGAGGAUGUGAGCUCCAAUAAGGGAGCUAUUAUUGGCCUGAUGGUCGGAGGUGUUGUCAUAGCAACCAUCAUCGUCAUCACCCUGGUGAUGCUGAGGAAGAAGCAGUACACGUCCAUCCACCACGGAAUCAUUGAGGUGGAUGCUGCUGUGACCCCGGAGGAACGUCACCUGUCUAAGAUGCAGCAGAAUGGCUAUGAAAACCCAACAUACAAGUUCUUCGAGCAGAUUCACAACUGAUGGUGUGAUGAUAGCUCACCUCCCCGUACCUCCUCCUUAUCUGCAGACGGUGCAGGAGACACCAGCACAACUUCACCGCUCAUUAACAUCAUGCUUCCUAUUGGCCAGUUUGCAUGUCAAUCAAACAUCACCUCCCACUGGCUUGAUGAAGAUGAACUUUGUCAGUUUCAAAUUGUUGAAGAUGCAGUUUCAAACUGAAUUCACAAAAGAUUCAGUUCAAUUUGGUUCAAAAGAUUGAGAUUCGAUACAAAUUGAACGCAUAAUUCAAAUUUAGUUUUAAAUUCACUACAAAUUUUUCAACUAUUGGCUCCCCAUUGGCUAGACAAAUGUGAACAGGAGUUUAAUGCUUGUCAGGGUCAGUUUCAAGUUCAAUUAUGAAGUUGGUCAUAUCAAAUUCAAUCCACAGUUCUGAAUUCCCUCCAGAUUUUUCAACUAUGAAAUUCCCAUUGGCUGGAGAAAAUUUGGUUUCAAAUUGAAUGCACAAUUGAGAUUCAAUUCAAAUCAAACCCAAAAUUCACACAUAAUUUAAACUUUGUUUUCAAUUCACUGCAGAUUUUUCAACACUGCUCUUCCAUUGGCUGGAUGAACAAGAACAUGGUCAGAUUAAUGCUGUUAGGGUCAAUCUUGAGUUUCAGUUUCAAACUGAAUGCACAAUUCAAAUUCAAUUCAAAUCACAAAUAUAUUUCAAAUUCAUAUUACAAAUCAAAGUGAAUCCAUAAUUCGAAUUCAAUUCAAAUCACAAAUUAAAUUGAACACAUAAUUCAAAUUCAAAUUACAAAUCAAAUUGAAUGCAUAAUUCAAAUUCAGUACAAUUCACAAUUCAAAUUGAACGCCAAAUUCAAUUGUGCCUUAAAUCAAAAUCUGAUUAAUGCUGAUAGGGUCGAUUUCAUGUUAGUUUCAGUUUAACUGAACAUAUGAAGUUUAAAAAUUCAGUUUAAAAUUUUAUUUACAUCAAAUUCACUCCAGAUUUUUCAACUAUGACUUUUGGCUAUUGGCUAGAUGAACAUGAUAAGAUAAAUGAUGUUGGGUUCAGUUUCAAGUUGUUGAAGAUUCAGUUUUAGAAUGCAGAAUUCAAAUUCAGAUCACGAAUUAGAAUGAAUACAUUAUUUAAAUUUAGUUUAAAAUUAACUCCAGGUUUCAACUAUGGUCUCCCAUUGGCUGGACAUACACAAACAUGAUCAAAUUAAUCCUGUUUAGGUCAGCGUCAAGUUAAAUUUAGUCUAAAUUCAACACAUAAAACUCAACGCACAGAAAUUCUGAAUUCACUAUGACUAAAAUCAGCUGUGACCUCCUAUUGGCUGGAUAAACAUGAACUUGAGUUUAAUGCUGUUUAAUGCAGUUCAAAUUGAAAACAUAAACUUUGAAAAUGAUGGUUUAAUUAAAUGCACAUUUCUGAAUUCCCUCCAGAUUUGUAUCUAUUGAAAUCGGUUUCACUUGUGGUCCCUAAACUGGCCGAAUCUGAUCUGUAAACUGACUCUAUUCCUCCAUUACAGAACCGUUGGUCCAGGUUCUGGUUUAGGCUGAACCGGUUCUGUGUUCAGGGCUGGUGAGUUAUGGUCGUGUCGCUGCAGCGUCUGCUCUCACACUACUAACCUAGUGAAACACUGGGAUAUCUGUGGGGUGAACGUCCGAGACUUCAUCCCGUCAGACUUAUCUCCUCCCUUCCUCUUCAUUGCACACUGAGUGCAGCUGUGCUGUGUUUGGUGACGCAUUAAACCGGUCAGAGAUUAUUCUAGUAAUCAGUGUCCUUCUGAAUGAGAUCUUCAAAUUCUUUUAUUGUUUCUGGGUUGUUUUUCAAAAAAUAAUAAUAAUAAAAAUAAUUGUAAAAAAAAAAAAAAAAAAUUGCCUCUUUUUUUUCUUUUUUUUUUUGUUUUGUCAAUAUUGAAAUGAUGCAACAACAACAAAAAAGACUAGUCGUAACUAUGUACUGCAUGAUAGAAAAAAUGACAAAAAAAACUCUUCUGCUAUUUGGAUCUUGGUCUUUUCUCACAUUUUAGCAGGAUUAAACAGUAACUUGUGAAAAUAUGAUUUGAGUUUCACAAAAAAUGACUUUUUUUUUUUUUUUUUUGCUUUGAAAGAACUUAAACUCGAUUAAAUUCUUUUAUUUCAAUAUCUUGUUGAUUUUUGUUUGUUUGUUUUUUAUCAGACUGAGAUCCAGCGGUGGCUGUUGAUGUACAUUUACUGUCUUUAAUGUUUUCAUCCUAUGCAUUUCAGAGAUUUAUUCACUCCUUCUUUAUAUUUAAUUUUGACUCUCCAUUGAACUUGUGGUUGUACGUGUUUUUUAAGUGGUUGUUCGGGGCGGGCGGGCGGGUUUUUCGGAUCGUUCUCUGUCUGUAUGUUUCUAAUCAGUCAGUUUUAUGUUCUUAGGUCACUCCAUGUCUGCAGAUGUAGAAAGUGUUUUUCUCCACAUCCUCUCUAAUGUUACGCAGUAGCAGCGCUGACGCUUGUCUUGUCUCAGUUUUCGCGCUGCUGCAGUGCUGAUCUGCAGAAAAAGAUGCAGUGAUGCUGCACUGGAGCCUCUGAGAGAUUUAUCUCACUGCAAAAUCAAAAGAAAAAGAUUUUUGAAAGGCAAUAAGAUUUUUUUUUUUGCAUUGCAUUGCAUUGCAUUGCAUCAUUUUUCAUCAUUAAUGUAAUGCAAAAACAAGUUAUUUAAAUUGUGCAAUUGUAAGUAUUUAUCAUGAUCGUAUUUGUAAUGAAUUUAAAGCUGAUUUAUAAUUUUUUUAUAUAAUUUCUUAUUCAUUGCUGCAAUCCAGUAAUGAGAAUUUGGGGAAUUUGGUAUUAAAUGUGCUUAAUUUACAUACAAAUAAUGUAACAGUGCAAAAAAAUAUUUUAGACUAAUGAAUAGGCUUCCUUUUCUUCAUCCAAAAUAUUCUCUCUUUUUUUCUUUUGAUUUUGGGGUGAAAUAUGAGUUGGAGGAGAUUUUUUAUGUUGAUGCAUCAAGCAUCAUGUCUGUCUCCUCUCUGUUUCUCACAUGUGUUUUUGUUGUAGUCAAUUUAGAAAGUGUCUCAUGACUGAAUAUGAGGCUGGUUACCAGAUUAUGAGUUUAAACUGAUGGUUAUUAUCAUGUGACCUCCAGGAUUUGGAAUGACUUUGAUUUACAGUCUAUCACACUGUAAACGGUUCAUAAUCAAUCCAUCUGAUGAAUGUCAAUCAGUUGUUUACAAACUCUUCCUUCACGAAUAUCAUUCAUGGCUGUUUUCAGAUCAGUGAGGAAUCAUGGGUAAUUCUCAGUUUGUACUGCUGUGGUUUGAUCCGAUCUGAGGUUGUUAGAGAUGCUGAGUGUACUGAUGAUAGUGAUGAGGUUCUUUCAGUGGCAUUUUUCUGCGUGUCAUUUGCUUUGACUGGAAAUCAUCUGCGCCUUCUGCACUGUAUUCCAUAAAUAAAGUUUUGAAUGUACAUACA